AUGAAUGAACAAACCGUUACAUAUUUUGAAAUCGAUGGAAAUCCAUUCGUCGUGUACAGCGACCUCUGUGUCGUUUCAACCACAACAAGCCUUGCUUUGUCCUCUUCGAGUAGUAGUAGUAGUAGUAGUAGUAGUAUUACUGGUAGCAUCAACAGCCUUGCUCUUCCCACCGUGCCCAUUCAGAAUUCAUCCUUGGUCUCCGAUAUGGCCAUAUCCUCCUCCUCCUUAUCCACAACAACAUUGUACACUAAUACGAAUAAUAAUAAUAUCCCCAACAAUAAUAAUAACACCUCUAACUAUCACUCCCAUUCUACAACAAGUAAAAAGAUUAUUAAACUGACCAUCUCUGAUGGCGAGAAUAUUUACUACAAUCAUCAUAGUAUUUCCUAUGCAGGACAUGCUUCUUCCGGUGAAGAGUUUAACAUGUUCCACAUUAUCCACACCUCCGUCAUUAAACAAGACAACUCCAAAUUCAAAUAUAGAGUCAGCUAUUUGAGCAAUGGAAAUCUCAAUUUCAUCAUUAGCAUGAUUGUGAAUCCAUCUGGCGAUUACAUUAUUUCCAAUAUUGAAUUGAAAAAGUCAUCCAACACUAAGGCAGGUCACAUCUCGCUCUUCCGAUAUCUCAUCAUUAGUAAGGAGAAUGAUGAAAAAACCAUUAACAAACUCAGCCAGCAAGCUAAACACUACAAUGAAUGUAUUGAACAAUCAAAACUUGUUGUUGAAGAGAAAGAUCGAAUGGAGAAGGAAUUAUAUGGUCAAUUCUUAAUAUUAAUCAAUUCAAAGAAGAAGAUUAUUCAAAAAUAUCAUGAAGCCAAGAAGCAAUCCGAUGACCUGCUGGACAAGGAAAAGGAAAAGAACAAACUCCUUCACGAUGAAAAGAAGCAACUCCAACAACAAAUUGAACAACUGAAACAACAAUUGCAGGCUGCGAAAUCAAUGGUUGCAAAGCAUCAUUCCGGUACCAACAACAACAACAACAUGUUAUUUCGGGCUAACCUUGUGGAUUCACCCCAACUUUCACCUUCAUGCUCUGCUCAAGCUCUCGUAGAGGGUUAUCAGACACCAAGAAAACCCUCUCGAAAUACCAAAUGUGUCGAUCCAGAAGAUUUGUUAGAGGACUUGACGUUUGAGUAG